UCGGUGCGCAGUUGAUCCGCUCGAGUGUAACGCGUGUCGCUUUGGCUGUGUCGACGUAGCCUGUUUGGUGACGUCACAGCAUCCGGGUUCGGCUGUGAAGAAACAUGGCGGAUGUGGAGGAGUUGAACAAACCACUGUUUGCAGGGUUAUCAGAUGUUUCCAUAGCAGAUGAUAUCCCUGUGGAAGGUCAGAUCACAGUCCCCGUGAAUUCCUCGAGUGCCAAUGAUGAGAUCUCCACGCUGGAUGAACCUGUGAAGGACACCAUUUUAAGGGAUUUAAAGGCAGUAGGUCAGAAGUUUGUGCACGUGCUGUACCCGAAGAAAAGCUCUGCUUUAUUGCGAGACUGGGAUUUGUGGGGACCUUUGCUGUUGUGUGUUUCUCUGGCAUUGAUGUUGCAGGGUGGAUCUGUAGACAGUAAAGAUGAUGGAGGUCCUCAGUUUGCCGAAGUUUUUGUUAUUGUCUGGUUCGGUUCGAUCAUCAUCACAGUCAACUCUAAACUUCUGGGAGGAACCAUAUCGUUUUUCCAGAGCCUGUGUGUGUUAGGUUAUUGUAUCCUCCCCCUGACGGCAGCCAUGUUGGUUUGUCGUCUCGUGUUGCUCAGCUCCAGCGGAAUUACCAGCUUCAUUGUCCGGCUUGUGGUCGUCAGCGCCUCCUUUGGCUGGUCGACGUUUGCCUCCACAGCAUUCCUCGCUGACAGUCAGCCACCCAAUCGGAAAGCUCUCGCCAUUUACCCGGUUUUUCUCUUCUACUUUGUGAUUGGUUGGAUGAUCCUUACCUUCUCUCCAUCAUAACCUUCACUCACUCUCAGCUGAAGUGUGUAACCCAAAGCCCCUCCCCUUUUCCUGAUUUUCACCCUGUCCUAACUUUUACAUCAUCCACAAGGCCUGAUGAGUGGGCCGGGCUUUUCCAGCAAACAAAUAAAAAAAAGGGAAAUGAAAUGUGAUCUUUCCUUUUUUCAUUCGUUUGUAGGUAUGGACAGAUGGAGGGCUGAAGAAGAAAGAAAAAAACUCUUUUGUACUUCAUUCACAAUGUUCCACAAGUCUUUUUUUUAUUUACAUCAGCAAAACUGUGUGUGUGUGUGUGUGUGUGUGUGUGUGUGUGUGUGUGUUCGCAUGAGUGUGUGUGUGAGAGAAAUGUUAACAUUUACAACUAAUAAAAAUAUAAUUAUUUUAUUUAAUGAAAUCUUUAAGAAAUACACACAAACUAUUUGGAUCAGAAUGUCUCAUGCAUAUUAAUGAGUGGGCGUGGCCUGAUAAGUGUACGUAUGAUGUGGGAUUAAUUACAAGGUGAGAUUGUUUGAUUGUUUGAUUGAUUGAUUGUGUAUUUAUUGUGUUAUAAAGAUGUUAAUAACAGUG